CGCAAUACACAACUAUGGUAUCGGCUCCUGAGUUAAAGGGAUAUAUGGAUAAGAAGCUCUCUAUUCAGUUGAAUGGUAGUAGAAAGGUUGUGGGCACAUUAAGAGGUUAUGAUGUGUUUUUGAAUAUUACUUUGGCUGAUGCCUUAGAAGAAGCAUCCAAUGGUGACAAGCUCAAUAUAGGCACAGUAGUUAUUAGAGGUAAUUCUAUUGUAUCUUUAGAAGCUUUAGAGAAGAUAUGAUUCUAUCUAACUUAGCAGUAUAACUGUAAUAAAUAUGUAUAUUAAUAGGUAAGUGGUUCUAACCAACUGAAUAUAGAAAAUUUUAUAAUGUUCUAAUGAAAUAUAUA